GAGAGGGGAAGACGACGACCGCCGUGUAGCAUCAUCGCAAGUGUAGCAGCAUCCAUCCCGCCUAUAACCUUGCAUCCUCUGCCUCUUGCCACUCAUUUUUUCUCUUACAGCCUCAUCACGCAUUUGGACAAGGCUGUGCUGCAGGGAGGGGAAGUGCUAUGAGAUUAAGUUGAGCAGAGAAAGGUUGGGUUUCCACACCGGACACGCACGCACGCACAUCAAAAGGUUAGGAAGGAGGAUCAGCCCACGCAUCAGGACGGACGGACGGACGGAAGGACGGACAAGAGGAGCGAGGCAAGCAGGCAGGUAGGCACUCUGGAGGGAGAGCGCGAUUUGCAGCAGGGGGGAUACGCAGGAACGGACCGAUAUCCUAGGGAGAUAUGAAACCGGAGACCUCAAGCGGAGGUGGUGGAGGUGAAAGGCCUCGCCACUCUUCUCAUAAUAAUUCAACCUACAACAGGGACAAGGUGCGAAGCCACUCCUCGGCGCCAUUUUUUGCCUCUUCUGUUUACCGGUCCAUGUCGGCGCCAGGCCUCGACACGAUGGAACCUGAGCGCGUCGUCGUGAGAGCUUAUGGGAACGUCGCUCCGCCGUCGCCGCAGAAUCGGAGUCUGUUGCCUGCACACUCGCCGCCGCAGAUCGUGCCCACCGCUGGCAUUUUGGAGGGGCGGGAUGUUAGUGUAAGCGGUCGCAAAAGGCCGGGUAGGAAAACGAGGCGGCCGGAUGUCUAUGGUGGUCUCUCACCUGAGAAUGGUAUUACCACUUCCUUCCAAAUUGGAGACGUGAAGGAUGGAACUUGUAAAAUCCAAGCGGAGCAGAUGGGAAAAGAAGCUCCUCUGCGUGGGACCAACAAUUACGCAUCCUUGUUGUCUAGCCCCUGUCCUAGUUCCAUACCUAACCCUUCUUUUAAGACUAAGCUUUCAUUUGAUACUCUCGAUGCUAAACCAGCUAUUGCGUCUGGUCAGCCUUGUACAAGACCCGAGGGAGAUUCUGUACAGUCGGUUCUCUCUUCCUCUCUUACUUCGAGAAGUGAGUUUCCCCAGAAUUCCACUGUGAAAUAUGUAGAAGUUUUUUCUCCUCUUUUGGCGUCAUCGGCGUCAGUCCCUAGUUCCACGUUUGAAGUAGUUAGCCCAGAAAGUUCGAGCCCCUCAGAAGCUUACCCAAAGGAUGAUUCUACUGGGAACGAUAGCUCGGAAACAGAAGUUUCAACUCCGCCUGCCACCACCUCAUCAGAUUUGAUGACAAGAUACGGGAAAACUUAUUUGGACUACGAUUUCUACACGACAAUACAGCAUGAGGAAAGAAAGGAUUCAAGUGACAGUAGUACUUUGCAAGAUGGAAGUCGCUUGUCAAACCCUAACUUGGUGAUGUCGUCGAGUUCGUCGGAGUCUACGACUAGGAGUAGCAAUGUUAUUGUGCAGGAGAUGGUGGUGUCCAGUGCCGAGUCUAGAAACAAAGUUGGGAGUCACGCUGUGGGGAUUCCAAAGAUGAAGGAGAGGCAUACGAUCGUGAAGUCGUCGAAAGUUAGAAACGAUAAUGUAGAUGCGAGGAGAUAUGGUGCUCACAGCACCGGUUCGAAGCAACCCGAAAGAGAGAAGGGGAUAAGAAGAUCGUCUCCGGUUCCACCUUCUAGAUCGCCCAGUUUGAAGUCUCCGUUUCAAGAUUCACAGUCGCAGUGGAAGGACAUCUAUUCGGGCGUGAGCAAGGAUGCAGUUUGCCAGCAGCCUUUUGCUGGUUCCAGUGAUGAAGGACCUCUGCAGUGUUCGCGUUCUUGGCCAGGACCAGGGUCAAGCUUGCUUGGCUCACCAUUUGGACCUCCUGGUGGACCAACUGUGGAGUCUGUCUCUGCAACUCAGACUGUGCUUAAUAACAGUCGUGGUAUUCCGCAGUCGAAGAUGUUUUCAGAGCAUUGGUCUCCUGAAGAAGUGAAUCAGUCGAUAGAGGACGGCCGGAUUUUCAAGGCUACUUUUCGAGUGAAUUCUCACAAUCGUCAUGAGGCAUACGUGACUGUUGAUGGAUUACCCCUGGAUUUACUUAUUGAUGGAUUACAGUCUCAAAAUCGGGCGAUGGAGGGAGAUGUUGUAGCAGUUAUGAUUGAACCAACAUCAGCUUGGCCUAGACUGAAAGGGUCUUUCAAUAAGCAAUCCAGUCCUGAGUCCGUCACAAUAGGUGACGGAGGCUCUUUUACUAGAGAAGGACUUGGAGAUAUUGGGGUGGGCGUUUCUUCUUCCAGUUGUUAUUCCAUACAUUCAGAGAUCGGUAGAGGUAAAGGUGUGAACCCUGAUAAUAAGACAGAGGAUGCAGGAGAUGUAUUUCAUGAGGAAGAAGGCGUUCUUGAGAUAAAUUACCUUCAAUGGGUUUCGAAGGAUAGCAAGGUUACGCUCACGCAGGAAACUGCCUUAUCCAACAAGCCGAGAAGUGGCUUGCACAACAAUGGUCGUCUGGUUGAUCAGAAGAAUACUAUCUCGCGGAACACCGUAUAUCAAAUUCUGAAGAGGAAUCCAACCAAGUGUGCUAGAGAACCUGCUGUGCUGCAGACCUCUACGGAGAAACUUAACUCAAUCAAAGGAUCGAUUACGACAACUCCUAGGAGCGUUGCGGAAAAGCCUGAUACCGUAUGUGGCGCACCAUACCGCGUAGGUUCGAAUGACAAAGUUUCGGCAGCCAUAAGCAGUCUUCUAGCUCAAUUGUCAUCAUGCCCAGGGAAGAGACCCACUGCUAAAGUCGUGGCCAUUGUUCAAAAGUCUCCACGGCGGGAGUCUCUGGUAGGAUUCUUGGAGAUGCCCCAGCAGCGAGGUGGUAGGGCAGCGGGUAAAGGACUAUCUGGUGAUUCACCUCAGAAGCGAAGGAAUGUGGGGACAAUGCUACUUAUGCCUGUCGAUAGUCGUUGUCCGAAAAUGCUUGUCCCUCCUAAUGGUCUUCCGGCUAACUUACUCAAGCGUUUGAAGGAAGGUGAUUCUACAGUAGCUACUGAACUUGUUGCUGCUCGUGUUGAUACAUGGUCGGUGGACAGUUACUUGCCUUAUGCUACAGUAGUUAGGAGUUUAGGCCAGGGUGGGGAAAUCGAACCUCAAUUGAAGGCAAUCUUGUUCGAGAACAAUGCCCAUCCUCCAGAUUUUCCCCAAGCAUCGCUAGAUUGCCUUCCCAAAACUCCGUGGAAGAUACCAGCGUCAGAAAUUAAGAAGAGGGUGGAUUUGAGGUCCUAUAGGAUCUUCUCGAUUGAUCCCCCAACGGCACGAGAUUUGGACGAUGCACUCUCAUUUGAGAAGCUUCAGAACGGGGAAAUAAGGGUUGGUGUACAUAUUGCUGAUGUUUCAUAUUUCAUCACUCCUGGAUCUGAGCUAGAUAAGGAGGCUGCUCACAGAUCUACAAGUAUCUACCUCGAACAACGAGUCUUGCCCAUGCUUCCUCGGCUUCUGUGCGAAGAGCUUUGUUCUCUCAAUCCUGGAGUGGACCGCCUUGCAUUCUCUGUUAUUUGGACUAUGAGUGCAUCUGGUGAGAUUCUUGAACAAUGGGUAGGACGAACUGUGAUCAAUUCAUGUGCUAAACUCACUUAUGAGCAUGCACAAGAUAUGAUCGAGGGAGUUUUUACGGAUAUGGAGGGUGCUGAAGCCAGGAAUAGCCUGUCUAAAUCUGGUAAACCGUUGCCUCAGCUUCAUGGUAAUCAUUCUUGGUCAGAGGUAGUAUCGGACGUGCUGUCACUCCAUGACAUGGCUAAGAAGCGAAGAGAGAGUCGAAUUGAAGGAGGUGCUCUGAAGCUUAAUAACUCAAAGAUCACAUUCUCAUUAGAUGAAGAUGGUACACCUUACGAUAGUUCCAUGUACAUGACUAGAGACUCUAACUUCGUCGUAGAGGAGUUCAUGCUUUUGGCCAACAUGACAGUUGCCAAAAUAAUUUCAAACGCUUUUCCAGAAAGUGCUUUAUUGCGGCGGCAUCCCGAACCAAAUAUGCGAAAAUUGAGGGAGUUCGAAGAAUUUUGUGAAAAGAACGACUUCGACUUGGAUACAUCUUCUUCAGGUGCUUUACGCCUGUCGUUGGAGAAGAUGCAAGACCGUGUAAGUCAUGACCCAGUUCUAUACAAUAUUUUGAUGUUGUUCGCGACAAAACCGAUGCAGUUGGCAAAGUAUUUUUGCACCGGGGAGUUGAAAGAUAAGGAAGAAGAAUGGGGACACUAUGCACUCGCUUGUCCUCUAUACACUCAUUUCACUUCCCCUAUCCGAAGAUAUCCAGAUGUUUUGGUCCAUCGCAUGUUAUCAGCGGCUCUUGAAGCGGAAGAAAUUAUUGGUAUGCCUGAGAGCUCCUUGUCUCACAGUAGAGUUAGCAAGAGCAGUGCAGUAACAGCUCUAGGAAAAAAAUUACGAAUGAAGCAAUACUUCUCCAGUGCCAAAUCCGAAAGAGGUGUAUCAGACACACCAGUUGCUCAAAAUGCAUUAACUAUUGCUGCCAAUAGACACAAAUUGCCAGCUUGUUCAGAUCUUCUGGGCAUCGCUGCCCAUUGCAACGAAAGAAAAAUGGCCAGUCGAAACGUGAAAGAGGCCAGUGACAAGCUCUACUUGUGGGCCAUGCUGAAGAAAAAAGGGGGAUUACUAUCGGAUUCGAGGGUGCUUGCCUUAGGCCCUAAGUUUAUGUCAUUAUAUAUUUGCAAGAUAGCGAUGGAGCGUCGUAUAUAUUACGAAGAGAUCGAGGGUGUUAAUGCCGAGUGGUUCGAAGCAACUGGGACACUCGUCCUUGACAUCUCCCCAACUAAGAAAACUCCGCGAAAGGGUUCACAGGGCAAGUUCGGUAGGCAGCAAAGAACGGUCGCCGACAUAGCUACGGUGGUUAAUCCCGCUGAUGGUCUGGGUAGUAGCCUUGAACAAGGAUCUUACGAACAAAUCAUUCGGGAGGUUGAACAAACGCUAGCUGGGAAAGAUUUUCCAUACGAAAGCCCUCCAGCUUUUGAUGUGGAGGGGCUUGCUAGUGACGCAGAAGUUGAACCCACAGUUUUACCCCUGACCCUUCGAUUGUUCUCUGCAGUUCCUGUCUCUUUGCAUUCAAUCGGAGGUGGAGCUGACCAUCGACCUCUGGACAUUGCAGUGAAGCUCUAUGUGAGCUCUUAUGCCACUUGAUAUUGACGUGGGUUUCUUCCCAUAGUAUUCCUUUCGUGGGUGCUUGGUCGCUUUUAGUCAUGGAUACAGUCGCUCUCUUUACAGCUGCUCAAGUAGACUUUGGUCAAUCACUCAACAAUUUCUUUGAGAUUUAUAACUGUAUUUUAGUAUCCUACAUUGAGGUCACGUUGUCAUUCCUAAAAUUGAUAAGUCACAGAUUUUCUGCCUAUCUAAGUACUGCACGCAGUUCUAGCUGCAACCCCUCUGUAAGUACCUCAUGCCUAGAGUCACUAGUCAUUGGAAUACCUCAUAGAACAGAACUCUCUUCCUCCUAGAGGAGCUCUCUUGGAUCAGCCACUUCCCAAUUUAUAUUACACGGUUUCACACCGGUUCUAAGGCCAGAAUAUUGAUAAUACCUAUUAUUAUCUGGCUUAGAGUUCAACCUUCAUAGCUGUUGCAUAGAUUUGAUUUCUGCGAUGCCUUCCGUCUGAAGGAGCAGCCUUUUUGGUGCUGCUAGAAUUACCUAGACUGUAUAUACUUCUCGAUGUCCCUCGGAAGGAUAUCUAGAUUUUAGAAAGUCUUAGAACUUACGAUAGCAAGCUUUAGAAGCAACGGUGAAAUCCGGCUUCCUGGCUUGAAACCUGAUUUUGGGAUUCUUUUGCUCCUCAGCUGAAGUAUAGAUUUCUGACCGCAAGAAUUCCGUGGGGGCAGGUCGUUUGCUGUCACCGAGUUGCAUGGAUGCUGAAUGGCACCUUUUGCUCGAUUCACUGUCGGACGUUUUAACAUUGUCAUGUUCUGUAGUGACUCGCCCGUAAGACUCCCGGGUUCUUGUGAGUUGGCGUUGUCCUGAUGCUUUCCCCUACAGAUUAUAUUAGACAUGUACGAGGCGCCUGCUUUCUUCUUCCUUCUCCCUCACCCUAAACCCGCCUCUCCCAACCUCUCCUUUGCUGUCAUUUUGAUUCUCUGGUUCAUUCUUUUCAAAAUCGUUUCAUAGCUCCUCGAGACCUAUCUUCGUUCUUUCUUUCUUUCCCCUCUCUCUUCUCUUUUCUCUUUCUUCCUCCGCCUCCUCCAUCAGAUCAAAAAUGGCCCUUCUUUUAUUGGGACUUUUUGGAAAAAAUAUGGAGGACUGUUCAAUAGGUACUGGUGAUGGUGGAGAUCUCAAUGGAUGAGGACGAACACCAGAUUUUCUCUGGAAAGGAUGAUGGGAUGUGCCCUAUUAACCACUGCUUGGACCUGACGGGAGAAUCUGGACCAGGUUCGUACAACUUUUGUAAGGGACCAGCCGACGGUGACGUAUGUCUUGGACAUUUUAGUGGGUACUUGGUCAUACCAAGCCAUAUCUCAACUAGGUUUAGGUUGAAGUUUGGCUUUACUUCUAGAAAAACUUUUGGAUGAGAUUCUUGUUGAGAGCUAUAAAGAGGGCUGUAGAUAGCAGUCACUUGGUUUAAAAACAUAUGUGCAGAUUUGGACCUUAUGGCUUUUUGUGAUAAAGCUCUAAAACUGCUUUUUUGUAUGAAAAAAUCCGAAGAAAUAUUGCAUUUUGAAACACACA